AUGUUCUGCGCGGACGGGCGCGUGCGGGUGUGGCGGCUGCGGACGGGGAAGCUGCGGAGAAGCUACGACGAGAGCCUGGAGGUGGCCCACGAGCUGCAGAAGAGCGGGCCCGAGGCGCUGCAGCUGGAGGACAUCGACUUUGGGCGGAGAUACGCGCUGGAGAAGGAGAUACGCGCGCAGGGCGACGCCGUGCCGGCCCCGAGCGUGCUGUUUGACGAGAGCGGCAACUUCGUUAUCUACCCCGCGCUCAUAGGCAUCAAGGUGGUCAACCUGGUCAGCAACGCGGUGUCGCGCGUCCUGGGAAAGGUGGAGAACUCGGAGCGCUUCCUGAGGCUGGCCCUCUACCAAGGGGUGCCCAAGAAGGCCGGCUUGGGGGCUUCCGGGUCAGACGCUGGCGCACCCACUUGCGCGCCUGGCAGCCGUCGGUGCUAA